UUUUUAAACAGCUUUAUUUGAGUUCUGACAAUCCCUUGGUUUAACUGUGAAUAUCAUACAUGUGGAAAAAGAAAGAAAACAGUUAUUUACUGCAAUUAUGUUAUAUUUUGCCUCCAAAAUGCACAAAUUUAAUUUCAAGUCAAUGUAAAAAGUGUGUAUAUUCAAAUGUGUAUAAACAAACUUCCUUGUACAUAAUUUCCUGUUACCUCAACUUGUUUCAACCUAAAAUAAGUUGUUCAUCAUUUCCUCCUAAACAUCUACAACACGGAAAUGUUUUUCCAUCAGAAGUAACACCUUUUUCUGCCUCACAACUUCCCAUUUUGUAUGAAACACUUGGCUGUUUACCUUUCUCCUACUUCCGAUCUCCAAAACUCAAUAUAAACUGUAUCAUCAAAUAAAAUGGCUGACUAAGACGCAGGCAAAUCUGUUUGUCUUCAAGAGAGACCUGUUUGUGUCUUUCGAGGGGUUGCCUGAGACAAACCUGGUCUGAGUGUAAAAGGCCCUUUAGCAUGAUUGUGCAGAUAUGACGGGCCUUAGAGAGGUGGGUGAAGGACCUGAAAGCCCCGGGAGGAGUCCAUUAGUGGGUCUAGUGUUGGAGGAAGCCCCCUGAUCUGAUUGUAUCAUUGCCCCGGGCCACUGAGCAAUGCUAUCAGGCAAGCGCGGUCCUAAAAACAGGAUUGCUAUCUCCAAUAUGGACAUGAAACUCAGAGCAGCCCAAAGCACAGGCACACACACGUGCUAGCACAGAUACGUGCACACAGGUAUAUAAGUCAGCUCAGGGGGGGGAUGCAGUGCACCCGAAGGUUGAUCUCCAGAGACAGAAGUUGUAACCGCAAAGAAAACAUGGCGCUGGAAGGAAAGGGAAAGGAGAAUGGAGUGGCGGCCAUGGCAGCGUGCUACCAGAAAUUCGACCCUGCGGCGUAUCUACAGUACAACUACACUCCACCGAGGGCUGAUUUUGCAAGAAAAGACAGUAUUGUGCCGUGGAAACUGGCCUGUCUGCACAGAGCUUUCACUGAAGGUGACGUGGGCGGUGAGCUCCUGGUGGACAUAGGUUCGGGUCCCACCCUCUAUCAGGUGCUGAGUGGCUGCGAGGUUUUCAGUAAAGUGAUCCUGACUGACUUCCUGGAGGUGAACCGCCGGGAGCUGAGGCGCUGGCUGCAGGAUGAAGGAGGAUGCAGCCUGGACUGGACGCCGUAUCUACAGCACGUCUGCAAGCUGGAGGGGCGACGACCCUCGGAGUGGACGGAGAAAGCGGCCAAGCUGCGCCGCGUCGUCAUAGACAUCCUCCCCAUCGACGUGCACUGCUCUCAGGCUCUGGCCCCCGACGCGCUUCCCUCGGCCGGGGCCGACUGCCUGGUGUCCUGCUUCUGCCUGGAGAGCGUCAGCCCCGACCUGGCCGCCUUCACCAGAGCCCUGGGCCACAUUGGGAAGCUCCUGCGGCCCGGCGGCCACCUCCUGCUCAUCGGAGCCCUGGGGGAGAGUUAUUACUUCGGAGGGCCCGGGGUCAGGAUCCCGGUGGUGCCGCUGAACGAGGCCCAGGUCUGCGCCAGCUUGAAGGAGAGCGGCUACACCCUGAUCCGGCUGGAAGUUUACACGCUGCCUCAGGAUAUGAGGGUGGGGGUUGAUGACGUGACUGGAGUGUUUUUUGUCAAGGCGAGGAAGGAUUAAUGAGCAGGAGACGAGGCGAAGAGGGCAAAUAACAAUAAGAAAUUAAAUGAGUAAAUAUUAUACAUUAAAUUAAAAAUAAAUUUGCAGUUUUGCAAAUAAUAACAAAAAAAAAGUUGGUUUGAUUGUGAUGAAUUUUGAAAAAGCUGAAUCUCAAGGAAGAAAAUGGCAACACAUUUCAUUUUAUCCCAUUUUAUUUUACAUUAAAUUCCCUUUCCAAAGAUGGAUGAAAUAGAACAAGCCCUUUUUUUCUGUUUAUUCUUUAUAAAUGUGAUCACACAUCGCCCCCUCCAGUUCAAAGACAGCUCCUACAGCAACAAGAAUGUAUUUCCUAUUUUUUGUUAACUUAUAUUGCAUACCAUAAAACAAAUAAUCCAAAAUCCAGUUAUCUAGUUGUGUGUAAAUGGUGUUUUGAUAGAUUAUUCUAUUCUUUCUGUGUCUAUGAAUAAAAACACAGCUCGAGUUUUCAUUAAGUUUACUUGUCUCGAUGUUAAGAUGAUAUAAGCAAAGAAUGAAAAUGGAAAAACAAAAUAAAAAAUUUAAAAUAAUGAGUUAUCCAUUGCGUCAUUUUCCACAGCUUCACGGUCCAGUUAAUUCGUCUAUGAACAUGUUACUUCAGGUGAUUUUAAAAUAUAAAAACGAUUUACGGUGUAAUUAGAGGCACUGACCACUAGAUGUGACCAUUGGCCACCUUAAAUUUUCUUUAAAUAUCAGCCAAUGGCCCAAAACUUUGCAAUUCAUUCCUUCAUUCAUUCAUUUUCAACCAUUCACACUCACACCUAACAAGCAUAAUGAGCACGUCUUUGGACACAAUACUGUCAGUGCUAACCGCCACACCACUGCACUGCUUUAAUUGUGUUAUUAAAUGGUUAAAAAAGAAAUUUGUGACCAAAAUAUAUCUUGGAGUAGUCUUUGACACAAACAUAUCGAUCACAAACACCAUUAAAUUCAAUCUAUCAAACUUCUAUCAUAUAAGACCAUUUCUUACCUCCAAAACAGCUGAAGUCUAUAUGCAUGCCAUGAUAAAUU